GCUCAUUUUUCAUUAUAAAAUUUGCAAAAAAAAUAAAAUAAAAUUAAGAAGAAGGGGAGAAAUUCAAUUUCAAAUUUAGAACUCAACCAUCAAAUUUACAUAUUUAGAAAAAAUACCCUAAAUUUGCAAGAUCUGCCAAAGAAGCAAAGCAUGCAAGACAGAAAAAUGGGUGUAGAGAAAGAGUGGCAGAUCUGCAAGGGAGAGGGAGACGCAGAAGAGUCACGAGCAGGAUCGAGGCUUCAGGUCCGGCAGCAUUCAGCAUUCAUCUUCACUCUUCAGAUUGCAAUUGGCGGCGGGGGAGAGGGAGACAGUGAGUCACGACACGAGGCGAGGAUGCAAUCUUCAAAGCCUCCUCAAUCCUCAUCUUUAUUCAGAUCGCGAUCUUGAUGCCAGAAGCAAAUGAGGGAGAAGAUACAAGAUGAGAGAAGGAUGGAAGCACAGAGCAGUAGAGCACCGAAAGCAUUGAGUCACGGAGACGAGACGGCGAGGGUCGAGGCAGAUAAGAACUCAGAGCGAGAUGCUGUUAGGAGUCGCGGAGACUGGAGACGGACGAGACGGCAGUGGUUUCUACUUCUUAUCUAAGGAGUGAGGAGAAGUAGUGAAGGAUGGAAGGAGCUGUCGUCUUGUGUGCACGCGUGGCAAUGGCGGACCAAACCUACAAUUUUUUUUUUAUGUUAAACCUGUACACAGCUGUGUCCGAGAAAUGAGUCGCAGGCCUGCCCUAUAAUGAACACAGGCUAAGCUGUUGAGUUAGCCCGCUUAUUUUUUGUGGGGGGCUUUUGGUCUGCCGCUUUUGUCCAGGUCCUGGCGGGUCCAACGAGUUACAAGCUGGCUGCUCACCCCUCUGCUGGAACGAGCAAAAUCCAGAUCAGGGAUAAAGCCACUCGGUAGAUUGACCAAAAUCCACGAAUCCCAGUAAAAUGGCUGUGGUCUUCUCGCUGCGAGCACCCCCAGCGUGCUUUCGUCCAAGACUCUCUCUCUGCCAAAAUUUGUACUCGAACCCACAGAAAAUGGCCAAAAUCGGAGGCGUUUCAUCAACUGCCACUCCCUACACCGAAAGAAAAUUACCCAUACUUUUAUUCGAUGUCAUGGAUACCGUCGUUCGUGAUCCAUUUUACCACGACGUCCCAGCUUUCUUCGGAAUGACUUUGAAGGAACUAAUAGAAUGCAAGCACCCAACUGCGUGGAUGGAGUUUGAAAAGGGAAUAAUUGAUGAGAUGGAGCUGGCAAGAAAAUUAUUUAAGGAUGGAAGGCCUUUUGAUUUAGAAGGCCUCAAAUCUUGUAUGAAAAGUGGAUAUUCCUAUAUUGAAGGCGUUGAAGAAUUGCUUCUUUCCUUGAAGCAAAACAACUAUGAGAUGCACGCAUUCACAAACUAUCCCACAUGGUACCAGUUGAUUGAAGACAAGCUGAAGCUAUCCAAAUAUUUAUCUUGGACAUUUUGUUCAUGUAAAAAUGGAAAGAGAAAACCCGAUCCAGAAUUCUAUAUGGAAGUCUUGGGACAUCUUAAAGUUGAUCCAUCAAAUUGUAUUUUUAUGGAUGACAGGAUGAAAAAUGUUGAGGUAGCCACUGAACUUGGCAUCAGGGGUAUACAUUUCAAGAAUGCUAACGCGCUGCGUGAAGAACUGUACCUGAUGGGGAUUGACAUUUAACCAAACGGGGAUCACCAUAAGCAAGUCUGACAAACACCCCCCCCCUCCGGGGAACCCUUUUUUUUUUCCUUUUAUUUUUGUUGUCAUUUAUCCUCAUCAUGCGCCAAUCUUCACGGCCCGGGGAAAAAGGGAUAUGGGAAAACCUGACAAUUGGUUGUUUCUUGAUUCUUCAAUUAAAUAUGAGAGAUUUUACAUGGAAGCUUUUAA